AAGAGAUUACGAAAUUGUCAUUUUUGAAGAUUUUUGGACAUUUAUGCCCCUCUUAAACAUUUCAAUACCUUGUAUAUCCUUCAUUAAUGAGACAUGACAAGAUGAGAAAUUUGAAUACCAAAUUAGCCUUUCUCUCUUACAUUAUUGUUCCUCACGUUCUCUCUCUCCCCAUUCGGUCUCCCCAUCAUCUGACGGUCAGAGGAAGUCCGGCAGCUGCUGAGCACCUCCGACGUGAUUAAACGUCGAUCUGCUGCCACGAAGUCGCCGACGCUGAGCCUCCACCCUCGAAUGAUCUAUUGAAUUUUCAAAGAUUUAACUCCGGCAGCUGCUGAGCACAGUAGUCUCAGCUCCUCCGGCGUGAUUAAACGUCGAGCUUUGUCCAGGCUUGUGAGUUGAACAUGCUGCCACCAAGUCGCCGACGCUGAGCCUCCACCCUCGGCUACUGUCACUGUAAACCCACAUGGAUUUCGAGCCUCUUGUUCCGGAGAAUGCACGCUUGCGGGGCCACGUAUCGUAGAGAAGCAAUCUGCGGUAUAUAAAAACAGUCGUGGAACAUUUUGACGAGUGACAGCGGGAAGAGUUUCGCAACUCAUGCCUUGGGUUCUUGUCUGAGGUUCCAGAUCUCCAGUUCUCUGCCCAAUUAAUCCAACAACUCGUAUUCUGCUGCAUACAAGCAAAGAAGCGGCACAAACUGUAGUUUAAUUUGCAAGGCCACCUCGCUAGGUUCGAAAUUCAAGAGUAUGCCAUUGUGACUGGAUUAAGGUGUGGUCUUCUCUCGGAUGACAAUGUCAUGGACCGAGUUCUUGAGAAGAGGAGACUAAAGGACAAAUACUUUAAACAUGUGGACAAGAUUUCUUGCACCCAACUCGAGCAGACAUUUCUUCGAUCGUCAACGCCUCGAGCCGAUCGGUACAAGCUUGGCCUCGCUUUGAUCAUCGAAGGAGUCUUUAAUGCUCCGGAUAACAACGUUGGUAUCGAUAUGGAGACGUUGUCGAUCGUCGAUGAUCUAGACUUGUUCUUUUAGUAUCCUUGGGGUAGAAUCUCGUACGGACGGCUGAUAAAGGGCUUUCGGGGCCGUUGGGCAAGAAAAUUUUUGGAUGCGACGAAGAAGAAGGAGAAGGCGGUUAGCUACACGGUCCACGGCUUUUCCAUUGCCAUACAUAUAUGGGCGUUCGAGGCGAUGCCUGAAAUUGAUGAUCGCUUUGGUGAGCGUCUUGGGGAACGUUCCCCACGGCUUCUCGGCUGGACAUCAACAAAAUAGCCGCAACAGCGUACGUACGACGCUUUCUUCAAGAAUGUACAGCUACACGUGUACGCGACACUGCGGCCCACCGAGACUGAGCGUGGGCAACCUCAUAUCGCAACUCUUGUGCUGCUCAAUGAUGAUCCUGUCCCUGCGUUGGAUGACCUUGCUAGGGACAGUGUUGCUCCGUAGUUCCAAGCAGAGUGUAUAGGCACCCCCGAGGGUGAUACUUCUGAGGAGGCCCAUGACGGUGGGGGGACCAGUGGUGAGGAGGAGGAGUCAGGAGCCGAUGAGAGCGGAGAGGACGAAGGUGGGGACUCGAAGGAGGACGACAGUGAGGAUAGCGACGGUGAUCGAGUUGGACGAAGUGGACAGACGGGGACUCCCCCCCCACCAGCAUAGAGCUACUUCUCCCAUGGCACCGUCCACCUCUCAUGUACAACCUACUGCGGCGGCUGGAUCAAGCCUCACAGCAGACGAUGUUCAGGGGAUGUUGCUAGAUCAAAGAAUUCUGUUCGAAAUGCGGCUCCGCACUGUGAAGCUCGAACUCAUGCAGCACAUGUCAGAUGAAUUUAAAAAAUUGAAGGACUUCAUAUCUACCCUCGUCCCAGCAUCCGGCUCUACAAUGUUCUUUAUGACAAUGUUCACUUUAUCCUUGUUCACUGACAUGUUCUGUACGACAAUUGUUCAUUCAUUGUAGACUACGGAGGCUUUGCAGGCCACCACCCAUCGCCUAACGGCAUCGACGAAGACAUGGGGAUUGACAGGCAAGAGGGGGAUGGUAUGUGCAUUAAUGAAGAACACAUGGAGCCAUGCCUGGACGAGCAGGAUAUGCCACUGGCCACUGGAACCGAAAGUCUGGAAGACAUAGCGCACAUUCAGCCGUGCCCGAAGGAUCGCCCCGUGCCAGAGCCCUCUACAAUCAAAGAAGUGCAAGUCGAAGGGGCCCACCACCCAUCGACUGGCUACCGUGAGAAAGAGCAGGACAUGGUGCCUACUGGAACCAUAAAUCUACAAGACACAGUACACAUUGAGCCAUGCCCCGACAAUGACCUCGUGCUAGCGCUUGUUGCAGUGGAUGAAGUGCAAGUUCCCGCCGAUGUUGCCCGACCAGGAUGGGCAGUUACGACAAAUAGACGGCGAUCCGCACGACUGCGACGUCCGGCACCGGCUACCAGGACUCAGUACACGAGGGGGAGCACAAAGCAAAAACAUUAAUACUUGUGGAUAAAUUGCCGAACAUAGCACGAUGACGGGGUUCAGCAUGCUUUUGUAUUUUGCUUGAUGUAAUUUACGUGGUGAAGGAUGUUAGUUACUUCGCGUUAUAUUGGUGCCUUGUUCAUUCAUUUUUGUGAUUUACAUAUCAGACAGGGUAGUUGGCAAGCUUGGUGACACUUAGAAGCAUUCAUCACAUUUUGCAAUUCCCGUGGUAAAUGCCUUGUCACCGUUUACCGUUGCUGAAAUUAUUGUAGUGUUAGAACUUGUAUUAGUUAUCCGGCUUUAUUAUGUUAUUCAAUCGUACUUACGGUACUAAGUGCCUUCAUUCAAUGUUCGUCAACGCUCGUACAUUGUAUUGCGCAAAAAAUUAUGUAUGCGUACGUUUUACGAAUAUCCAUUUACGAGUAGAUAGCGGGCUUGAAUGUCGUAGUUCCUUAGUAAACUAUAGA